UUUAGAAUGUGAAUGUCAAUUUUUCAAUAAUAAACAUUUUUUAUGGGAAGUGAAUUGUCAACAUCUACAUCUACUACAGCAAACGUUUUAGAUGUUAUUAGUUGUGAAUAAAAUAGUGAAUGGUUGUUAUUAAAUAAAUGUAAUGACAACUUCCCGAGUAAUACGUGGCACUAGAGCCAAAAUAUUUUUAUAUGUGUGUGCAAUAUUAAUAAUAACAGGGAUAAUAGCAUGCUACAACAAUACACUUUCACAAUUAGAUGAUGUUAGAAAAUCUAAUGAAAUAUGUCAUCAACAGGAAGAGAAUUUAUCUACACAAUUACAAGUAAUAUCCGAUUACAAGCAGCGUCUUGAAAAGAGUUUAAAGACUGAAAAAGCAGAGCAUCAACAAACUAAAACAAAUUUAGAAAAUAAGUUGAAUGAAGAGAGAAAUAAAAAUGACAAAUCAUCCAGUGACGCUAAGCUUAAAUUAAAUUCAUUACAACAGCAUUUUAAUCUGUUGCAGACCCAACAUGAAGAUUUUAAAGAAGAAUGUACCAAAACUCAACAAAAACAAUUAGAAGAUAUUAAUGAUUUGCAGUUGAAGUUAAAGGAAAUCAAAGAGGAACUUAAGAAAGUAGAAGCAUCUAAAGAACAUCUAAAAACGCAAUAUGUAGAGUUGCAAAUUGAAAAACAAAAUGUAGAGAAGCAACUAAAUGAGAACCAAGUGAACAAAAAUGAAAAUGAAAGUAAUGUUAAUCAUUUAAUUAAAGAAAAUAAUGAGUUAAAGAGAGAUAUAAACAAUCUGAAGGAAAAGUGUCCACUAUAUGACACCCUUCAAGAACCAAAACAAGAAGUUUCCUCACCAAAAAACUUUAAUGGUAUGGUAGUCUCUAAAACAGACUCUUCCCUGUAUCAAAUUCCAAAUGCGGAAGGUAAACCAUCUGAUGCAAAUGUUUUAAAUAUGCCACCUGUCGAUAAACAAGAAAAAAGUGUGCUGGCAGUGCCAAACUCUAACGAUUUCGUUAGUCCUGUUUCAAAAUCUACUACAAGGUCUGGACUAAAACCGUCUCAAGGAAGUCUGAAUGCUGCAAGACCACUUUUACGACCUACGGUUACUCCAGAAACACUAAUUAAAAAUAAUUACAACCAAGCGUUGCCUGAAGGUGUAGUACCUGAUCCUGACAAAAAAGAAGACAAUGGUCAGAAUGAACAACCUGAAAUUGUGAAUAACAGAUAUCAGAAUGUUAAAGAAAGUGCCAAUGAAGUUGCCGUUGAAAAGACUGGUAAAGAAGAUAUAGACAAAGAAAAUGGAGCACAUGAAGUGUUUGACGCACCACUAGGCCAGAAUGGUUUGGAAGGAUUAGCUUUUGGAGAUAAUGACCAUGUGAAAAAUGUUGAAAAGCAACAUUUUGAGAAAAAUCAUAUUGAUGCAUUAGGAGUUGGAGACAAGGAGAGGAAAAUUUAUGACCAAGAUCAGCCUGACUACAAAGAUUUGCAGAACGACGUUCAAUUGGAAGAAAAUGAGGAAGAUGAUGAUGACGAAUAUGCCGAUCGCAUGGGAAGACACAAAGAGCCCGCUGUGAGAAAUUAGCAAUUUAAAUUUUACUACUGAAGCGAAGGUUGUGGUGACAUUUAGUAUUUAUUUCUUAGCAUUUAAGGAAAAUAUGUGUUUACAAAUCAACUGUUGGUAAAACUCUUCGUUAGAGUGAACAUUGAGUUACAAUUUUAUAAUAAACUGUUGACGGAAUCCAAAUUGUUAGGUUAAGAUUUAUGUAUAGAAGCACCAAUUUUUAUUGUAAAAAUGGUUUUCUUUCUGUAUGAUUGAUAUUUUACAGUGAUACAUUUGUAGGAUAUUUUUGCCUUUUGUAUAUAAGAUUUGUAAAAAAAAAUAGUUUGUAAUUUAAGUUUUACGAUAAAAAAAAUGAAUGUAACAGUUAAAUGUGAAGACGUAAUUGAAUGUUAUUAACUUUUGUUUCAAUUUAAAUUAAUGUCACUUGCUCAUUUAAUGGUGAUUUUUCACUGAAAUUAAUGGUGUUAUACAUUUUUCUCUGUAUAUAAAAAAUUAUUAAACCAUUACGUAGUAUGUAUUAU